CUUCGAGUCCCCUCCCUCCUCUCAUUUUUCUUCUUUCUGCCCCCCGCGGCAUCCUGACCUCACUUCUUUGCACGCCGUCAUUCCACACUUCCCCGUGGUAUAGCUAAUGUUCUUCGUGCUUGUUGGACGUUCCUGUGCAUCAUCGGGGAGGGUAAUUACCCUCGAGCGUUCUCUCUCCAAUCUCUGUUUGGUGCUCGAGCCUUUGAGCAUGUCAAGCUCCUGGAAGUUUUGAGCCGUUUUUUUGUAGCGGGGGGCAGAGCCGUGGCGUGGCGGCUCCUGCCCAUGAUGAGGCGAGCUGCCUGGCCCAUGCGGCGGGCGGCGGCGCCGCGGGCCGCCGCGGCGCCGCAGGGCCGCACGACCCGGGCGGCUUCGGCGGCGGCGGCCGCGGCCAGCAGCUUCGGCCGCCUGGCCUUCGUGGGCGGGGGCAAGAUGUCGGAAGCCGCGGCCUCGGGAGUGGUGUCCAACAAGUUGGUGGCUCCUAAUGACCUGAUCGUGUCUGAUCCGAACCCGCGGCGGAGGCAGUACAUGGGGGAGAAGCUGGGCGUCAAGGUGACGGGGUGUAACGUCGAGGCCGCGGACGGUGCCAGCACCAUUGUGUUCGCCAACAAGCCGCAGCACUGCCCAUCCGUCUUCUCGCAACUACGUGGCAGGAUCAGCCAGGACUCGCUCGUGGUGUCCAUCUGUGCUGGCGUAGCGUCCAGCCAAUUCCAGGAGGGCCUGGACCACAACCGCGUCGUUCGCACCAUGCCCAACACGCCAGCCAUGGUGCAGGGCGGGAUGACCGUCUGGUAUGCGAUGCCUGGGGUGUCAGAGGGCCAACUUCUGGCGACCAAGCAGCUCCUUCAAAGCUUUGGCAAGGAAGAGCAAGUGACGCACGAGGAUUAUCUCGACAUGGCCACGGCGCUCAGCGGCUCCGGGCCUGCAUAUUUCUUCUUGCUUAUGGAGUGCCUCGUGGACGCCGGCGUGCACAUGGGCUUCCCGCGCGAUGUUGCCGACCGGCUAGUGCGGCAGACAGCCUUGGGCACCGCGGUGUACGCAGAGCAAGCUGGAGGGACCCACCUUUCGAUCCUGCGGAACGACAUCACCUCCCCGGGCGGCACCACCGCGGCGGCGCUCUACGCCGCCGACCGGGGCAACUUCAGAACAGUGGUUUCCGAUGCCGUCUGGAGUGCCCUCGAGCGCUCCAAGGCGCUGAACGACUCCACAGACCUGAAGAAGAAUCAGCGCCCCGCCCCUUAAUUAGGGAACCAGCUGGCGGCACUGUCGGGACACUCGCCUCUCCUCCGGGAGGCGCGCAGCACGACGCGUGCGAGUCUUUUUUAGUCUGCUGGCGGCGCGCCGCGCGCAGCGCGGCGCUGCGGAGCCAACCCGACCUGCACGGCUUCCAUGCGCGGGUGGCUGAAGCUACCGCCCGGACACGAUGGCGUCGCACAGAAAUCAGGACGGGAGGCUUCUGGCCAUCUUCGGCCUCGGGGGGCCCCCUCGCCGGGCCGCGGGAGAGCGCCAGCAAAACGCUGCAGGGUGCAA